AUGUCAAUCCCCAGAGGAAGUCAAGUCCAGAAGAGGUUCUCCAGUUUUAUGAGAAAGGGGCUGCUGGAGGUGCCGUCCCCAACAGAGAAGGACUGGCCUAAGGAUGAUGAAAAUGAUUAUGUCUUCGUAGACUUGGGUCAGGAGGUGGAUUCCCUGCCACAGCCUUAUCGCAUGAUCAACAAGAUGGUGAACCUUCUGUUUGACAAAUGUUGGGAAGUUAUCCAGGAGAGGGAUGCACUGAGGGAUGUUGAGUUCAGCCGGACCCAGCCCACCACCUACCCUCCACUUGUAGAAAACAAGCUCAACAAAAUGCCAAAUUGUAUGGCGAUUUCCCAAGACUAUGUCUUUAUUGGAGGAGCCAAAGGAUUCUCCAUCUAUAACCUGUACAAUGCUAAACAAAUAUAUAUUUGGGAGAAACUUAAGGUUGAUAUCACUUCCAUCUGGGCCACAGAUUUGGGGAAUGAAAUACUUAUUGCUCCUGUGGAUGAAAUGGGUAUUGCUAGACUGUUUUAUUUUAAUAAGGAUGGUCUUUUCCUAAUCAAAGCCAUCAAUGAAGUGGAUGAUGCCAGCAAGCAAACCACCUGUAUAAAGAUGGAGAUCUCUCAAGGAGGGGACUUCGCAGCCUUCCUCCUACAAGGAGCUGGAGAUAUUUGGCUGGAUGUGUAUAAAUUGCCCAAGGAGUCUUGGCUCAAGGAAGUGGAGCACCCCCAACCUGCUAUAAAUCCAAAGAAAAAAGUCAGACAGCCUCAACCGAAUACUCUUGAACCUGUGACUUCAGAGAAUUUAGAAAUGGAUAUGAACGUUUGUUUUAGAGGAGACAUUAAGCUGAGUCUUCCAGUUCACAUAAUGAAGAUCAAACCACCCAAACCAAUUACAGGUACCACAUUUAAAAGCCCCCUGGAAGUGUUCGCAAAGGUAGAGGACUACUAUGGGCUGGGCUCGGGGCAGAACCACUUCAUCAAGGACAGUCAGUGGGAGCAGCUGGCGGCCAUCUUCCUGGCACCACACGGGAAGUACCUGGACAAGGAGUGGGAAGAGGAGCCACCCAGCAUGGCCACGUUCCAUUUCCUCCUUCCCAGCAGCAUAAUUACAAUGCCAAUGGAAGUCAAGGGCCCCUCAGGGGUAGCCUGUGUCCUUGGCAUACACUGGGCUGGAAGUCACAACUUCUUCCUCUAUUCGCUUCACCGAACUCUGAAGGAUAAAGUCGACCCGGAGGGCGUCUGGCCCUGUGCUGCACCCAUUGCGGUCUCCCAGCUCAGCUACACCUGCACCUACCUAGUGCUGGCCUGUGAGGAUGGCGUGCUCACGCUGUGGGACCUGGCCGAAGGUUUCCCUCUUGGGGUCAUCGCUCUUCCCAAGGGAUGUUCCUGCCAGAGCAUUCACUUCCUGAAGUACUUCUUAGUCCACAAAGGACAGAACAUGUACCCUGAGAGUCCCUUGAAAUCCCAAAUGAAAUGUGUGGUGCUGUGCACAGAUUCUUCUCUCUAUCUGGUGACAGCCAAAAGGACCCAAGGACCCACCAUCAGCGUGCUUGUUGAGAGGCCUAUAAAGCACCUGGAUGAGGCCAUCUGUGCAGUGGCCCCGGUCCUAGCCUUACCCGGCAUGUUGCUGAUCUUCGGCAAGAAUGGCUCUGUACAGCUCAUGGAUGUGGCCAAGCCUCAGAUCAUCUGUGCCUUUGCUCUACCCAGAACCUACCAUCUGGCGGUCCCCUGGAAGCCCUUGUUUGCCGUGUCUGUUCAACACCCGUGUUUCCUGCUCCGAGGAGACCACCCAGACGAAAUUGAAUCCGACGACACCAAGAACAUCCAGGAUUCUGUUUUCUAUUUUAAUCUCGAGGCCUACCCACUCCUGGAACACAUCUCAAGAAAUCACAGCAUUCCUGAAACUGACAUGACAGAGAACAUGGCCUUUGCCCAGGUGCUGCCCUUGGAGAAAAGAUGCGAGAGUUUCCUCCAGAAGAGGUUCCAGAAGCUGGAGAAGAAGGUGAAAGAGCAGGAGCACUGGACCCGCCUUCGCAGAUAUUCCUUGCUUCUCCAAAGAGAGAACUUCAGGAAGUGA